AUGGCUUCCAGAAGAAAGCCUGUACCAAGGGUCCAAUCUCCUGUAAAUGAACCUAUGUUGCCACCGAUGCCAUUACAGAGCGACCCAGUGGACCCCCAGAUCAAACGAUACAGUCUUUCAGAUGGCCCUGCGACUUAUACCCAGAUCAGCGACGCCGUUGAAGAAUUAUAUCCAGAUAACGCGGUCACAAGCAUUCAGUCGGACCCCUUUCACGACGGUGGAUCUUCGGCAGGCGGGCAUUCAUCCAACGAGUCCAAUGCAUAUUCGCAGACCUCGACGUCUGAGUUUCGACGUUAUCAGCCUGGACAAUAUUUGGCUCCUAUAAUAACUGGAGAAACCUUGCAGAUUGAGCCCGAGCUGCCAGCGCCUUCAAUGGCGCAUUCGGACCCCUUUUACGACCCGACCACGCCUCUAUCAUCCGGUCCAGUACCAUUAAUCGUUCAACCAGAUCAGACUUACAACCAACCUCAAGAACUUUAUGAAUCAUCCACAUACCAAUCAUAUGGUUCAACUUACGAUCAUAACGCCCUUCCAGCCGGUUCGGAAAUCGAUCACUUCAACUAUGACACCGAAGCUUAUGCUUCAGGCAACAAGUCUCGCGCAUCUUACAGGCCGCGUCGAUCGAGAUCACCUACUCCUGCACCCGAUGAUGAAGAUUACUUGAUUGUUGGCGAUGAAUCUAUACAUUAUACCGGAUACCCAGGAUACCCAGAAGAACAAUAUGGCUAUGCUGCAGAGAAAGAAGCAAAAGAAUCGCCUUAUUAUAAAGAACAAGGAUAUCUCCCCAAUGGACACGCAGUUAUCUACGACCCUGAACCUGAAACGCCGACCUCGACCUUGUAUUCGCUGCCUCCGGACCAGCAACAAGAGACACGACAUUUUGGACCCGCGCCAGUUGGCCGAAUUUUACGAAGACAUAAAACCAAACGACGAGUGCAGUUGACCAAUGGUAAUCUAGUUGUUGAUUUGGAUGUACCCCCCAAGCUUCGCCUUCCCCGUAAGGGGGAGCCGGAAACUAUGAAAACUCGAUAUACCGCAGUCACCUGUGAUCCUGACGAUUUUGAGAAGAAAGGUUUCUUUUUACGCCAAAACGAAUCUGGGAGACGGACUGAGCUGUUUAUUGUGAUAACGAUGUAUAAUGAGGACGAAAUAUUGUUUUGCAGGACUUUGUAUGGCGUGAUGCGCAAUAUUGCACAUCUUUGCACACGGAAGAAUUCACAGACAUGGGGUCCCAAUGCAUGGGAGAAGGUGGUUGUUUGCAUAGUAGCUGACGGUCGGAAGAAAGUUCACCCUCGUGUCCUCGACUGUCUAACGUUGUUGGGCGUUUACCAACCUGGUGACCACAUGAAGAACAAAGUCAACGAAAAAGAAGUAACCGCACAUCUAUUCGAAUAUACCACUUCCUUUGCUCUUGACCCCAAUCUUCAUUUCAAAUACCCGGACAAAGGAAUUGUGCCAACCCAAAUCAUCUUUUGUAUGAAGGAGAAGAACCAAAAAAAGAUCAACAGUCAUCGAUGGUUCUUCAAUGCCUUUGCGCCAAUGCUUCAGCCUAAUGUUUGCGUCCUUCUUGAUGUCGGAACACGCCCUGGAAAAAGCAGUAUCUAUCGACUUUGGAAAGUGUUUGAUCUUGAUUCAACAGUCGCAGGGGCAUGUGGUGAAAUCGCGGCCUACAAGGGCAAGAAUUGGUCACUCUUGCUUAACCCUCUUGUGGCCGCCCAGAAUUUUGAAUACAAGAUUAGUUGUAUUCUUGAUAAACCUACUGAAUCAAUGUUUGGAUAUAUCAGUGUAUUGCCUGGUGCCUUCUCAGCCUAUCGAUAUAUCGCAUUACAGAAUAAUGAGCACGGCGUCGGCCCAUUAGCUUCUUACUUUAAAGGCGAGGUGUUGCAUGGCCGAGAUACGGAUAUUUUCACAUCUAAUAUGUACUUGGCUGAAGAUCGAAUUUUAUGCUUCGAACUGAUCGCAAAGGCGAACUGUAACUGGAUUCUUAAAUAUGUUAAGGGUGCAGUUGGAGAAACUGAUGUCCCUGACGCACUGCCCGAGUUCAUUUCGCAAAGGCGUCGAUGGCUCAACGGCUCAUUCUUUGCGGCUACAUAUGCCAUUGCCCACGUGGGACAAAUUCUUCGCUCUGGACACAGUUUUACUCGCAAAACGAUGUUUAUGGUGGAGACAGUGUAUAACAUAAUCAAUCUUAUAUUCUCUUGGUUUAGCAUUGGUAACUUUUACCUAUUCUUUGUCGUACUUACGACAUCAUUGGAAAACGCAUCGUUUGGAUUAAAGGGCAUAAAAUAUUUUAACACUUUAUACAUCAUGGCUUCUCUUAUUGUUGCAACCUUCCUCUUCUCUAUGGGCAAUAAACCUGCUGCGGCCAAGUUCAAGUACAAAUUAACGAGUAUUAUCAUGGGCAUCUUAAUGCUUUAUAUGAUUAUCGCCUCGAUUAUCUGCGCCGUUCAGGCAGCACAUCAAGGAGGAUCCGCAAACUCUGUCAUGCUGUUCAGCAUAGUGAUUACAUACGGACUAUACGUUUUCAGCAGCUUGCUGGCCUUUGAUCCAUGGCAUAUUGUUACCAGCUUCUUACCGUACAUGCUGCUCUCACCGAUGUACAUCAAUAUCUUGAACAUUUACGCUUUCUCGAACCUUGAUGAUAUUUCAUGGGGCACCAAACAAGAUUCAGUUCCAGACUCGGAUCUUGGGGCUGUUGUACAAGACAGCCACUCUCAUGUCGACGUCGAGAUGCUUACAGAAGUCGCCGAUGUAAACAGCAUAUAUGAAGAAUCUCUUGUCAACCUGCGGGACCGUGUACCCAUCGAUAAUGGCAAGGGAAAGAAAGGUCCGGCUUCCAUCGCCGAAAGGGAGAACGCUGCAAAAGACUAUUACGCCAACGUUAGAACAAAUGUUUUGCUGGCCUGGGUUCUUUCAAAUGGCUUGCUCCUGGUUGCGAUUUUGAGUGGUAUGGGAGAUAUGGAUGUUUUCGGGAACGAUACUGGAAUCACAAAAGUGAAGGCUUAUAUGGUAUUCAUUCUGGCCUUUACUGCGAUAACCAACAUGGUUCGGUUUACUGGAUCAACGUUAUAUCUUUUGGCUAGAUUAAUUACCGGAUAG